GUAAGAAUACCCACAUCUUUGAGAAAACAAGAAUCAUGGGUGUUACCUCUUUGGCCCGAAAAUCUACUAGGUUCCUGACGAUUAGUCGCCAGGAUAGUCUUGAGUCUGAAGGACAAUCUUCAGAUACGAGUGUUGGUGAUGUUGAGUUUGAAUUUCUUAGUACUGACGAAGUGAUCAUGUCGGGUCAAAGUGUUAGUAGUGAUGAUCAAUGUCAUUCACUUGAAAUGGAUUUCGAUGAUGAUGAUAAAGAAGAGAGAGAUCCAAGUGAUACCAUUGAGAAGAACCGAAGCUUUUGGGAAAGCCAACAUCUUGGUGUGCAGACCAAUAUAUACAGAACAAGUUCUUUGGAGACAAAGAUAAGGAGUGCCACUAAAGAAGCUAUUCAAGAAAUAAAAAGCUGUGAAGCAGUGUGUGGCUGCAACAGAAAGAUGAUGGGUGCCAUCACCACCUGCAGAAACUGCUUAAUGAGGGAAGUUUCUAUGAGGCUUCAGAAAGCUGGUUUCAAUAGUGCUAUUUGCAAAACAAAAUGGAGAACUUCAUCAGAUAUUCCGUCAGGAGAACACAUAUUUUUGGAUGUGAUAGACAAUACAAAUCCAAAGAAAGGGGAAGUAAGGGUCAUGAUUGAGCUGAAUUUCCAAGCUGAGUUUGAGAUGGCAAGGGGAAGUGAUGAAUACAACAAACUUGUCCAGAAGCUGCCUGAAGUGUUUGUAGGGAAAGUAGAGAGAUUGGGAAACCUAAUCAAAAUAUUAUGCAAUGCAGCCAAAAAAUGCAUGAAGGAUAAAAAAAUGCACAUGGGGCCAUGGAGGAAGCAUAGGUACAUGCAAGCUAAAUGGUUAGGUCCAUGUGAAAGGAACACUUCAACAACUCCUCUUCCAAUGGGAAAUUCUGAGAGGAUAAUAACAAAGCCAAAAUCAAAGGCAUCUAUGUUGACUAUUGAUUUAUUAGAGAAGCUUCCAACAUUGCAUUGCACUGCUGUUAAGGUUGUGUGAUUGUAAAAAAGAUGAUCAAUUUAAUUAGUUUUUUUACUGGUCGUUUUAAGCUUUUGUUAUGGUUAAUUUCUUUUGUUCCUCUUUUUUUUUUGGUUAAAAUUAAGGAGUGAGUGACUUGCAAAUGUCACACCCCACAUACUUGUAUGUAAAUCGCCAAUAUUUGAAUAGAUAGAGAUAAACGUGCGGAACGAA